UGAAACUGUACUGAAAUCAUUAUUAUCAUCAUGUCUGCUCGCCGCCUGUCAACUAAAGUUCCAACGGAAGCACUCGUUUAUUUUGAGUUUGACGAGAGUACUAGCAUAGUGCCUACAAAGAAACUUCAUGGAGAAGUAAAAGUGAAUGGUGUCGUAGACAUCACAUACAGCGGAAAGCACCUGACAUGUCAAAUUAUAGCCCUAUCAAAUGACAACUCGGAGCUCGUCGACUUGGAUGCUGAUUUUUGGAAGACCAAAAACAGUACAACUGACACGACAACAAAAGCAGUCAUUGCGAAUCAUGAUGACAACAUUCAGGAGUCAGAUGGCAAUGUUGAUGAUGUCGACGAUGAAUUACCCGCUCCAAAGAAGGCUAGAGUAGAAGUAGUCGACGAUGCUGAUGAUGUACCCACUCCAAAGAAGGCUAUAGUAGACGAUUCUGAUGACGAAUUACUGCGACCCGCUCCAGAAGUUGCCGAGAGCCAUGAUGACAGCAUCCAGGAGUUCGUGAACCAAACCAUUGAAACACUUUUGCCUGUUAAUCGUAUGUUCACAAUUAUAGUUUUUCUAUAGGCCUACUAAAAUUGACAAAUACGAUUUAUUCAGAUUUGUAUUUCUUUGAACAAUCGUAUAAAAUGUAAACAAACCGAUGACAACAUUUUAUUUAAUUUUUACUUAAUAAUACAU